GAGAAGAGUCGAGAGGAGCCGAGCAGCCGAAGCGAGCACGUUGCGGCUGGGCGGGCACCCCUCUCCAAAAGCAAUCGUGCGUGCAACAGCAAUGGCGACGGGCGGCGGCGGCGCGGGGGAGAACGGCGGUGGAGAGGGUGAGUUCUACUUGCGUUACUACGUGGGGCACAAGGGAAAGUUCGGGCACGAGUUCCUCGAGUUCGAGUUCCGCCCCGACGGCAAGCUCCGGUACGCCAACAACUCCAACUACAAGAACGACACGAUGAUCCGGAAGGAGGUCUUCGUCUCACCCUCCGUCCUCCGCGAGGCCCGCCGCAUCAUCCAGGAGUCAGAGAUUAUGAAGGAGGACGACAACAACUGGCCCGAGCCCGACCGCAUUGGCAGGCAGGAGCUCGAGAUCGUCAUGGGCAACGAGCACAUCUCCUUCACCACCUCCAAGAUCGGAUCCCUCGUCGACGUCCAGACCAGCAAGGACCCUGAGGGCCUCCGCAUCUUCUACUACCUCGUCCAGGAUCUGAAGUGUUUUGUGUUUUCACUUAUCAACCUCCACUUUAAGAUCAAGCCUAUCCAGUCUUGACCUCCAUUCCAUCACCUAUUUGUGUUGUGAUACUGCAAGUGUUAGGGAAUCCUGCAUCAUGUAAGAUCCUCUUGAGUUUCUCUUCAUGCACUCAGGUUAGUGUGGAACACUGGGUGGAACCUUUUGAGUUUGCCUGGGAUUGUUGUUUGAUUGUGCAAACUGCGAGUAAGGUUAUCUAUGCUUAUUAGUUUUCUGUUCGGUGGACUUCUUUUCAUCAGUUAAUUAAGGGGAAGAGAAGGGAGGGACCAACAGGAAUCCCGGUCUUUGUAUCUGUUCUGUGGAGUUCGUUUGAGAACAUGUGACUAUGCUUGUUGCUUUUAUCGAACCCCAAAUACUAUUUGCUUGUGAUAGCUUUCUUUUCGUCA